AUGUGGUUAAGUCUCUAUUCAGGAUUGGUUUAUCCAUAUGAAACAACACGGUCUGAUAACUGUUUAUGGCAUAAUUACUCUUGUGUUGAAACGUGUCCUGACUGGAUGAUUGUAGUGAAGAGCGACUGUACAAAAUCUUAUUGGUUGGCUCAAAGAACGUGUGAUAACCCACAGGAGAUGUUAGUUGGCACUGUCUGCGGCUUUUCGAGAUGUGAUUGCCCGGACCCUACGGUACUGGACACCGAUACGGGCGUAUGUUAUGAUGUGGACAACUGUCCGACAAAACAUAUAUAA